UGUAAGUUGUAACUGCCUCUCUUGGAUUAUGAUCGCUAUUUUUGUUUAAUUUUUUUCUAAAUAUUCUAUUCUUAAUUGUAUCUAUCGAAAAGUAGUUAAUUCAGAACCUCGUGUCACAAAUAAAACUUACUUAACGAAGUAAACAGAUGCUUAAGUUUAAUAAGUUUUAGGCAUGUUAUGUUACAAAUAAAACUGACAAAGUGAAGAAAGACCCUUUCUACUUCAAUGGGAAACACUCAUGUGACUGUUGACUGAUCUGGUGUUCAUUCAGUGUUAGACAUCCUGGUUCUUACACUUAGAAGCAUAACUUAUGAGAACAUCUUAUCAAUACAUAGAAAACUGAAGACCAUAAACUGUCUGACCUCUCAUUUUGAUUUGGUGCAACAUAAGAAAGAACAGAUAUGUAUGAAGGAAGUUCGGAAGAAUUCAUGAAUGAGAAAAAUGAAGAAAAACAGGAAAGUGUAGUGGGUCUAAGCAAUGCCCAACGAGCGCGCGCCGAGCGCAAUCGACAGCGAGCGUGCGUCCUGCGCGAAGCACGUCUGGCUCCGCCGCCUUCGAAGUCGCGAGCUGUUGUCAGUGUUCAACCGAGCAUGGACUCCGGCGGAGGUUUUCUACUUGAGGAAGAGGAGUCUGAGCCAAAAGCUGUUCAGCAGCCUGCCGCGCCACUCGUGCAUCAGUCGCAACAGCCGAACUGCCUCGAAUGUCAACGGCCGUUCCCACAGUCCUACCUCUUUGAUACCUUUCAGUACUGUGUCUGCGAUGACUGUAGAGACGACGAGGAGAAACACACUUUGAUAACUCGGACAGAGGCGAAGGGAGAAUAUUCACUCAAAGACUGUGAUCUCGACUCUCGGCCGCCGCCGCUGCUGUGCGUGCGUCGCCGCAACCCACAUCGCGCACGCUUCGCCGAGAUGCGCCUCUAUCUGCGCGUGCAAGUGGAGCAGCGCGCCCUCGAAGUAUGGGGAUCCAAUGAAGCGCUGCGAGAGGAGCAGGAGUGCCGCGCUCGGCGGCGAGAACGGGCCGCUGCGACGCACGAGCGGCGACGCCUUCGAGCCCUACGCAUGGACGUGCGCUCCAGCCUGUUCGACCGCACGAGAGACGCGCACGAACACGAGUAUGGGCCCGAACGCCACAAUCCUGACGACGACGUCUACGAGCGCGCAUGCGAGUGCGGCCAUCUGCUCGUCUACGAGAAGAUGUAGUCAAACCACCAUAAACUGUAUAUCAAUGUUUGUAAUAAAAAAAUAAAUUAAAGCUUA